AUGAGCAGUCCCCAAUUCUCGUUCAAGGUUCCCUCGAAUAUAGAUGCGGAGCUUUUAAAAGAUCAGAAUGUUUCCCCAUGGGAUCAUGAGUUCGAGCAUCCAACUACUAAGGAUGCUAAUACGAAAGAGACUUUUACCAAGUACGAACCAAUUCCUUAUGCUUCCAAUUAUAUGUCUCUUCUAACACCUCCAGCAAGUGAGGCUGAACAGCGUAGGCUUCGAUUGGAAAAUGAGAUGUGGCUGAAGAAGUACUACCUAUCAAAAAAACUGACCAGCCAUGCCACUCUAAGACACGGAAGUGUAACGAGUACUUCAGACACAUCAGUAACUCAUAGCGAAAGAUCUAAAUCCGGUACUUUUUUGAACAGAUUUUUGGAUGAUACGGAUGGGAUAGCCGAUGUAUUUGAAAUUCGUCUAACUCAUGAAGCGUUGAACAGUGAUGCCCGUAAUGAAGAAAAGAAGAAAUCAGGCACGUUUGGAUCCCUAGCGGCUAGGCCAUACUAUGAUCAUUACCAAAGACUCCGUACCAUGGAUAUCAGAGAUAGAACUAUCCUCAAACGACAUACUUUGUGGAUGCCAAUUGUGGGAAAAGAUUUUGCUUCACUUCGAAGAUCACAUAACAGAGGAGUUGAGGUAGCUUGCCCAUUGUUCGUGGACGGUACAAGUUAUAUACCCAAGGAGUACGAUACGUAUGGUGGUUGCACAAUAAUAUCAUCGGUGUUUUCUGAACACAAACUUCCAGCAUUUGCUUAUCACUGCGCUAUAGAUGUUAAUGAUGAUGUAUUUAUCAUGGGUGGGCUAGUGGCCUGUUACAAAUAUGAUGAAGAGGCACCCAAUCUACAAGAUUUUCAGGUUGACGGAGUGGGGAAUCUGCCGCCACCUUUACUACCGAAGAUUAUAAAUAACCCUUCUAUGAUUAGUAACGCCCGCCUAUACGUCAUGUCGGUGGCCUCUUCGCACGUAAUCAGACCGAAACUUUCAGGAAAUGUACCCCCGCCAUUGUUGUGUAUGAAAGCGUCAAAGCUUACAGAGAGACAUAUUUUCUAUUAUGGUGGAUUUGAAAUAAAGACCGAGACCUUUCUCGACGAUAAAGGAAUAUAUCAUUUGAAGAAAAGAGCAUUUGUGAACAGUACAGGUUACAUUUUAGAUACGGUAAGCUACAGGUUUUCAAAAGUUGAGUUAGUUGCUCAACCUUACAAGUUUGUUACUUAUCCGACCUUGGCUGCUAGAUUUGGCCACAUGCAAAUGUCAGUUUUGACAAAUAAAGGCAGCUCGUAUCAUGGUAGUAAUGCAAAAAAUUAUGGCUAUAAUGAAUCCACAGAAACGGAUACUUCUUCGACAGGAGAACAGUCGGCGCUAAAUUCACCUGCAAUGUCAUUUUAUUCUUCAUCGAAAAAUUGUAAUACUACUCAUGGAUCCGCCGUUUACACAAUUAUUAUAUUCGGUGGUUACCGACAAACAGGAGAUGACAAUUAUGAGGCAAUGAACGAUCUCUGGAAGAUUGAAGUACCGGUUAUCUCAAGAGGCAAACGAGGCUACUAUAAGUUCGCAGAUACUGCCACAGCCAGCAUAAUCCCCAAGAACGAAAACACUGAUCCGUGGCCCAGCGCGAGAGCCUUCUUUGGUUACUCUCGUGCUGGCUCGGGAUUGCUCGCCAGAACAUCCACCUACGAUGGAAUGCUGGAUAGGCUCUACGAAAACUUCAGCAUCAAUCUCACAUCUGCGGCAAAUGUGUCCAAGACCAAGCCUAUCUUUCCAAACAUCCCGCAUGCUCGCAAGGAACCUUUAAGCCCUAGGCAAAGUACGCCGAAGGAAACUCGAUCAAACAGCAGUUCAUCAACAAACUUCCGUGUGGGCUCGCCGUUACAGAAUUCUUCGCCAGUACAAUGGAAAAGGCAACCCCCGGAAGGAGAUCUUUUUGUCAUCCAUGGUGGUUCAGAUAAUACAAAGGUACUUGGCGAUAUGUGGUGGUUUGAUUUAGAUACAGAAAGUUGGACUGAAGUGACUACUUAUGGUAAGGACCAGGAGAGGGGAAUGACGCCGAUAAAAGUUUGCAUCGUCGGACAGUCAAUGGUUACUGUUGGUGAUAUAAAUGUAAGUCUGGGUGGCCUCAAUCAGGAAGAAAUCGAUCGGCUUUAUCUAGGUAAAGACGAACCAAAGGACAUCGCAAGACAUCAACAGCAGAUCGGAAAUGAUUUUUUGACCAUUUUCGAUCUGAACACUCAAUGUUUGCAAGGUCACAAUGUCAAGAGGAUUGGAGAAGGCAAGGAUAGUCGUCUAGUGCUUGCUGACGACGAGUCGAACAACAGCGGUUUUAACGAUGGUUCCUACCAUGGUCUCAACGUUACAGGUUUGGUUACUUCAUUUGGAUGCCAAGUACUGCACACUAAUGGUACAUUAACGCUGGUGGGAGGCCUCGUUGCCAAGAGACUAGAACUAGACUGUAUAGGUUUCAGAGGAGCAGUACUGGAGAGUGUUUUGCCAUCCAUCAGCUUGGCGAGCUAA